CAUAGCAAAACCCGAUGUGAUUGGUCAGGAAUGCUCACACCUUCAAGGAAAGGUGAAGGUCGAGUAGCCGAGAAUGGCUUCAAUAUUAUUUUGAGAGAGGUGAAGAUGGCAUUUUCAACAACCACUCGUCGGAACUUAUUCAGAUGUAUGCGCCGAAUUAUUAACAGGAAAACAGUGACAACUCAGGCUGACAUGUUAAAAUUCGGCUUUAUGUUUGACAUUGACGGUGUCAUCGUCCGCGGAAAGAAAUUGUUACCAUACGUUAAAGAGGCAUUCCAGUUACUUACGGAUCGUUAUGGUAACUUCAGGGUCCCAGCUGUGUUUGUUACAAAUGCUGGCAACACCCUCCGUCAAGACAAGGCAGAACAGCUCUCCGAGUGGCUGGACGUCAAGGUGAGUAGUGACCAGGUGGUGAUGUCACACAGUCCUCUAAAGAUGUUUCCCGAGUUUCACGAUAAACACGUGCUGGUAUCAGGACAAGGCCCAGUGGUGGAAAUAGCACAGAAUCUAGGAUUUAGUAAAAUCACAACGAUAGACCAACUUCGUCAAGUUUUCCCCAAUUUAGAUAUGGUGGAUCACAAGCGAAGACGAUCAUCUCCCAGAGAAGAAGACAUGAGACUGUUUCCACCAGUAGAAGCUGUAAUUCUGUUUGGUGAACCAGUGAGAUGGGAGACAAACCUGCAGAUCAUCAUUGAUGUUCUACUAACCAAUGGGAAACCCAUGUAUGCACCCAGGGAGAUUCCAUAUCCCCAUAUGCCUGUACUUGCCUGCAACAUGGAUCUACUCUGGAUGGCGGAGGCAUGCAUGCCGAGGUUUGGACAUGGCUGUUUCCUGACCUGUUUAGAGCAUCUAUAUAUGAAAAUAACCGGCCGAGAAUUAAAGUAUACUGGGUUGAUAGGGAAGCCGAGUGGAAUAACAUAUCACCAUGCCGACUCUAUACUUUGGCACCAGGCCAAGAGCCUAGGAAUCCGACAACUAGACACACUUUAUUGUAUAGGGGAUAAUCCAGAAACAGACAUCUAUGGUGCUAACUUGUACAACAGGUAUAUCACAAAACGACAAGAGGAACAAAUGUUAAAGGUCAAAGUGCAGAACGCAGCAGGUGGAGUCGCUCACCUACAGGACGUGGACAGUGACGAUGACAUGGAAGGUCUAGUUCACUACACGGAGGAUAAUGAAGCGGGGCGACAUUUCGCCCGUAACUGUCACUCAAUUUUAGUGUGUACAGGAGUGUAUUGCUCAUCUCGGGAUUAUGUCACCUAUGAUUCUAGCCAAAUGUCCAAUCACAAUCACCGCGACUUUGUACUCGACCCUGAACUCAAACAACCCAAAAUUGUGACUGCGAAUGUGCAUGAAGCUGUCAAGUUUGUACUGCAGAAAGAGGGCUUAUCUUGAUCACAGCACAACUAUAGGCUCUUCUCCUCUCCACUUAAAAUGUUAUCAAUGUUGCUUUCAAUGUGUGUAUUGUUAUUUCUCCCAAAGAAAUAUCUUAGGAGAUACGUUACAGUAAUAUUGAGUAGAUACGUUAAGUAAUAUUGAGUAUUUCUAUUUAUUUUUUCCCCAUGUGUCACACGAUUGUGUUUAAGUAGGUUUUGUGAUUGGUCAUACGCACACAAAUAUACACUUUAAAAAAAAAAAAUUUGUGCAGCUCUAGAUCUGUUUGUCAUGAGGGAAAAAAAUUUUUUAUGUUUCACAUGUUUCAUUAAUUGACUGUAGUCUUGAUUUACAGAUCAAUAAAAUGAUGCAGUACCCCUGGUCACAUGACACUUGGUCGUUAUCUACUCAAAAGCAGCUUUUAAACUCCUCAUCAAAGUUGGAGAAUAUAGAUACAUUGUACAUACAUGAAUUCGAAUCAGGGGGUCUAGAUCUGUCACUCCAUAACUUAGAUACUUUCAGUGUGUCCCAAAUAUGAUUCCUUAUCGGUAUCUUAUUAAACAUUGUAUUAGUUGUUUGUGUACUUGCAUUUAGAAAACAAACAAAAAAAUUGUUCCUUUCAUUUCAAUGACUUUUCAAAAUUCUUAUUUAAUAGAAGUCCUAGUAUAAAGAUUUGAGAUUUGGAUAUUGAUUUUAUUAAAAACUAACAUGCAUGUUUGUUAAUGGCACAAACAGUCACUUAUCAUCUUCAUGUGUAAAAAUAUUAAGAUAUGAAACUAACCUUUAACUAUUAAAACAUUAAAGAGUUAUCACCAAUCUGAUUAUAACAACCUUGUGUUAUUCUAUAUGUGAGUACAUUUAUUUUUCUGUCAUUGCAAAUAUCAAUAAACAAUGAAUAUUUCCAUACCUAUAUCAGAUCUCAGAAGUAGGCUUUGUAUGAUUUGAACAUCCUAUGAAUUAGAUACUGAGGAAUAUUUCCAUACCCAUCAGAUCUUAGAAGUAGGCUUUGGUUGAUUUGAACAUCGUAAGAAUUAGCUACUGAAUACCUUUUUAAUUGACUGCUUUUGCAAUUUGUUUUGCUGGUGAUAGUUUUACUAUAUUUGUCUCCCCAACAAAGUUUUUAAAAUCAUUCAGGUCAUUGUAGCUAUCCCCUAUCCUUAAGUGUGUUUUGAAGGUUCCAGAUGCUGAUAAAAUUGCUUGAUUGCUCACAUAUUUUGGACAGAAAGAAGGAAAAUAUUUUACUAGCAUUUAAGAAAAAUAUAAAGUAAGUUUGAGAAGCAGGGAAAAAGACACUGCAUUGACUCCCAUUACAUAUUCACACUUAAACAUUGAUCAUGUGACUUAUCAUGAUCAUGUGACUUAUCAUGAUCAUGUGACCACAAGGACUUACUUUGAACACAUAUUUUUUUGUAUCCAUUUUUUUGGUAGGGGGGGGGGGGGGGGGUUGGGGGGUUGUCUCCCUCACUCUCACUCUCAUGAUAUUUCUGGCUAGGCGAUUGGGUGCCGUAGAUCUUGAGUUCGAGGCCCGGUCAAAAAGUUAUCUUCCUUCGUCAUUUGUGUUGCUAAGUUAUGUGUUUAUAUAUAUAAAUAUUAGGUCAUGAAAACUAAACUAAUUUUCUACUCGUAAUUCAAAUUUGAUAAGUUGAAGGCUACAUGUAUGAUUUUGCACUGUAGGCAUAUGGUAGAUUUUGAUGGUCAGGUGAUUAGUCCUGGUGGGGUAAAGUUAAAUAUGACCUCAUUUUAAGGACGGAUUCCAAGUAUUGGCCAGUAACCAUGUUGGUUGGAGGAACAGGUAUAUCUGGCUUUUGGGAGUGGCUAUCACAGCGUAGAGAAGCUACUUAAUUUAGGUGUUAGGCAGAUGUAUUAUCACAAUGUUUAACUGUUUUAUUUAAGGUGACAACAAUAGAUCCAACAACACAGUUAAUAUAGAAUAUAUAUUACAGUAGUUUUAUUAAAUUCCAGAUAUUUUUACUUAACUUUAUGAAAACUUACAGACUAAAUAUUAUAAGUGAAAAUGUACAUAACAAGAUUGUGAUAAUGAAACAUUUUGUAUGAAUUGAAACAGUUUUUGUAAAUUUCUAACCAGAAGAUUUAUUGUACUUUACUAAACUGAAACUAAUUGUGGUAGAGACAUUAUGAAACAGAUACAACUGUAGUGUACAUUUUUUUCUUUUUUUCUUCCCAUGCAUUGACGUUCUUUUGAUUUCUAAACACAAUGGUUCCUAUCUUCAUUUUCAUGAAUCUUCUGUUGAUUUUAUCUGUAGAGAUUCAUCAAUAGAUCAACUUAUUUAUAUAAAUAUAAACUUUAUUUUAAAAUAUUUAAGUCCUAGACCAAGCCAAAAACAGUAAUCUAUAGUCUACUUGAUAGAUCUAUGUUUUUACUUAUGGCAAGUUCACAUUUGACCAGAACAAGAUUUUUGUGGCAUUUAUUAUUAUCUAUUUAGUGAAAAAUGUUAAUGGUUUUGUUGUGGGUUUUUUUCCAUGUAAACUUGUGUAAUACUUUGUAUAAUUUGAUGCUGUGUCAGGGAGUGAUACCGAGAUAGCAUUGUUAAUCCUCAGAAUGUAUUAUAUAGUGGGGACAUAACAGGGGAAUGUUACAGAUUUAAAUUUUCAGCUUAUGAGUUUGAGUGUGAACAAUUUUAACAAUAUAAUCUAGUAGAAUAUUUAAGGUGUUUUUAGUAACUACAGCCUUCCUAAGUCUGACUUGUAGAUCUAGUCCAUAGCAACAUGCAUAGUCAGUUUGCGAUAAUACAGAGUGUAUUUAAAUUUUGGUCAUUUUUGUUGUUGUGAGCAAUUUUGGUGAACAGUAAGAAAAUCAAGGGAAAGAGAAUUGAGAAUAUCUAGACUAUAUGUUGUAAGAUUUUAAAAGAAGAUACUGGACGGGUAACAAUAUGUCCGUAAUUUAUGAAGUUUGAUAAACACUUACUUCAGUAUUGUAUUUUUUUUUUUUUUGAAACUCUGACCAAGUGUAAUCAAAAUCAACAUUUUAUGGAACUUAAAAGUAUUGUUUGAGCUUUGCUGUUAUUUUCUGUGUAGAAUAUGUUUAUUCUCAGUAUCUCAGUUUGAGGACCCGUCUAUACUUCAGUCUUUAAGUGUCGUUACAGUAUUUCACUUUGCCGUACUGUUGUGAACAUCCUCAUUUGAUUACAGUAGUCACACACAUACUGUGGAAAUUUCAUCUUGGUUUAUGAUAAUCAGAAGCUUCCUUUAUCUUUAGCAUUGCGGAAAAUGCCGGCUUUUAAACUCUGGAAUUCCUGAACAUAUUUAAAGAGGUUUAUAUAUUAGACCCAGAUUGAAAUAAUCGUUGAUGUUUUUAAGAUACAUUUGGGUACUGGAUGUGUCAGUCAAAGUAAUCACACAUUUAUUGAUGUCCCAACGAAAACAUACUCAUUGAUAUUUAUUUCAAAUGAUUUUGAUAAUGAAUUUGUUAGUAUAUGCUUUGCAUAAUACAAAGUAUGAAAUUUGAAGUUUCUUGAAUGAAUAACAAAUAUAUAUAGAUAUUUGUUUAUGAGCAUUAUAAGUAAGAUUUAUUGAAAAUGUGUGAUUGUGGUAUUUUUGUGUGAGACCAUCAGUGUGAGGUUUCAGAUGCUGGUGUUCAGAGGCAUACAGUUCAUCUUAUAUAUACACACGUAGAUUGAUUCUUAGGAGAGCUGGAAACAGCACACACCAAGGUCUGUGUACAGUUUUAUGUACUUGUAACAAAAUAAUCCUAGAACAAGGAGACAAUAUUUUUACUGACAAUAUUUAAUACUCCUCCUAAGAUAAAUGUUAAUGCAAUAGAUAUGUGUCCAUGUAAAUAGGCCAGAAAGAGAGCUCCUAGAGAUUGGUGAAACAGUAUUUUACUCUGUCUGGUAAAUUAUUUGUUACAGAUUGAUUUGAUUUUAAUUUAUUGGUUAUCAUUUUGUGGAUGACUUAUACAUUAGAUAGCUCUAUAUAAUUUAGGUAUGCAAGUUUUCCCCAAAAUCUAUUCUCUGUGAUCAGUUUCAAAUCUAUUGCAUUUCCAUAAUGACCUCAUGUUUGCCUUCAAACUGAAUUCAUAGUGCUAUGAAUGACAUGAUAUUAUCUGUUACGAUAUCACAAUGGAUAUGGGUGAAAUUACACAUGGCAAUACAGACUUGAUGAUGAGUGUAUCCACUGCAUCACAUGAUAGUCAUGUGAUCAAAUAUCAUUAAAGUUUAUUAGUACUUAAUAUACAGUUUAUCAGAAUAACAAAAGAGAACAAAAUGGAGGUUAUAAGGGGGGAUAAUCCACACCAAUAAAUUCUUCUUUGAUAAAAGUUUUAUUUCUUAAUUUUGGGCAAAUGGUAAUUGUUUUAGGGUGUACCUGUAAUAUUUAAUUCUCAAAAAUAUUAAUUAUGACAGGAAGAGGUCAUUUGUUAUAAUUAUAACAAAUGUUUUUUAAGUCACAUAAAUAGAUUUUCCAUGUUAAGACAUUGUAUUUGUAUCCCAUAUACAUGUAUUUGUGUGGUGUAAUACGAGAGAACAUUAACAUCAUAUUACUAGCUCCGUUCAAUCAGUUAAUCUAACAGUAUACAUUCUGUGAAUCAAAUACGAUUACAUAAAAUUGCACGAAUAGUUUACAGCAUUUUCAUAUUUUGUUUUACAAGAUACUCCAGAGUUAAGGUAAGAGCACAUUAGAGUAAAAUAUGUAUUUCCUUCUACGAGACAAUCUAGUGAUGACUUUAGAUAUUAUCUAUAUACUACCUAUAUAAUAAAUACUAUAGUUAUCCUACAAUAUAAAGGACUUGAUCAUAUUCGUUCAAGUGCUGUCUUUAUUUAUUUUCCAUCCUUGAACAUGAAGGAUUUGAUCCUUUUGGUCGAAUGGUGUCUGUAUUUUUCCCACCCCUAAAAAACCUGAUCAUAUUGAUCAAGUGUUGUCUUUGUAUUUUUCCCAUCCCUAAAAUACUUGAUCAUAUUAGGUCAAGUUCCAGCUUUGUUUACUCCAAUCCUUGAAUAUAAAGGACUUGAUCAUAUUAGAUCAAGUGUUGUCUUUGUUUAUUUUCUAUACAUUGUUGUCUUUAUAAGAACUCAUAGUUGUUACUAUGUAUACGUUUAAUAGUUUGACACAUCGAGUGGACAAGCAAGAAUGUAUUUUUAAGAAUAUUAAAAUUUGUUUUUAAGUUAUGUAA